CCCGGUUCCGCCGAGGACCAAAGCUUCGCUGGACUCUUGAGGCUCCGCGGCUCCGGGUCGGCUUCCCCUCGGUUCCACCGCGGGCGCCGCGGCACCUGCCGCCGAGUGCUGCCCCAGGAAGCCUGUCCCGUCCGGGGCUCAUGAUGGGGCUGAUCUUCGCUAAACUGUGGAGCCUUUUCUGUAACCAAGAGCACAAAGUAAUCAUUGUGGGACUGGACAACGCGGGGAAAACCACCAUUCUUUAUCAAUUCUUAAUGAAUGAAGUAGUUCAUACUUCUCCAACCAUAGGAAGCAAUGUUGAAGAAAUAGUUGUGAAGAACACUCAUUUUCUUAUGUGGGACAUCGGUGGUCAGGAGUCUCUGAGGUCAUCCUGGAACACCUAUUACUCAAACACAGAGUUCAUCAUUCUUGUUGUCGAUAGCAUUGACAGAGAACGCUUGGCUAUUACAAAAGAAGAAUUAUACAGAAUGCUGGCUCACGAGGAUUUACGGAAAGCCGCAGUCCUCAUAUUCGCAAAUAAGCAGGAUCUGAAAGGGUGCAUGACGGCGGCCGAGAUCUCCAAGUACCUCACCCUCAGUUCCAUUAGGGACCACCCGUGGCACAUCCAGUCGUGCUGUGCGCUCACAGGAGAAGGGUUAUGCCAAGGUCUAGAGUGGAUGACCUCCAGGAUCGGUGUGAGAUAAUCUUUUUGGUGAAAAAGACUUCUCUAUUUAUUCGGUGACAUGAACAUUUUUCCUAAUACCUUUGGCUGCUAAGGCAGCAGCAUGUUUAAUUUAUGACAACACAAACCUCCAAGUGACGCUUGAAUCAAGUGCCACUGUACUGGAACAUAAAGAUGGUUUCUUACCUUUGUUUCAAAUGUACUAAUCUCAGUCGGACGAGCAUAACGUGUGACUAUGUUGUAGCAGCUGGACUCUAAUGACUCUGUGUAUUCUGAUUACUCAGUGACUGCCUUGUAAAAACCAUUUGUCGUCUAUUUCCUGUUAUCUGGUUUUGUUAUGUCCUUUAUAACCGGUUUCUCACAUAUGGCCGCCACUUCCUUCUGAGGUACUUACUGGCUUGACAGAACAGUAGUGAGGAUCGUCUUUUAUUUAUCCAGCAUGAAGCAUUCUUUUCUCUACAAACCUUUUUUAUCUUUUGGACAGAGUUAAUUACAAUGAGAAAAGUCUACCUAGAAACUCUGUGUGUGUGUGUGUGUGUGUGUGUGUGUGGUGUAAGCAUCACGAAUACUUGUCUUUACAUCUUCCUCACCUCACUGCAUGUGAUAGUAUAAUUUUAAGUUGCCCUUUGCAUGAGAAUCAUUUAGUCCAUUUAUUCAUAGAAGGAGUUAAGCUCACUUUUCUGCCAACCAUAUUUGGUUUAAAAACUAAUCAAGGUGAAGCACGAAUUAAAAAACCCCAGCUUCAAUGACAAAUGCUAUUGGCUCCAUCUAGUAGCUAAAGAUUUUUCAGUGUGUGUGUAACUGUCAGAAUUUAGUAAAACAUGCCAACGUAAAUUAGAGCCAGGACACUCGGGAUAUGUUUUCCAUCAGGUUACUGCCUGCUUUAUUAUCAGCAUAGCCUCAGCUGUUUUGUCAGAGAUGCCUCACCUGCUCUGGCAGCAGCCUAAGCACGGCACGUCUUAUUCCUUAGGUGUGCAGUAGUAGCUGUCAGAGCGUCUUUAUCACCAGCAGUAUAUUACCGAAAGGCAGCACAGCAUGGUCUGUCUGUAACCUGGCUGAGCAUGAGGUGAAAGAGGCUUCAGAUUCGUUUUGCCACACCUCCUGUCUCUUGUGCAGGUCGACUCGUGUCCUAAACUCUUACAGGGUGCUGCUGAGUCUAUUCCUAGCUCUGAGAAUGUUCCUGUGAGACUCAGCGAUCGUAUUCUCUGUUUGUUUGUUUGUUUGACUGGGUGUUUGUUUGUUUUGUUUUGAUAGGGUUUCUCUCUGUAGUCCUUGUCCUGGAACUCACUAGGUAGACCAGACUGUCAUAUUCUUAGCAACAUAGAUGCUUUUAUUGGUUACAGAAAUGAAAGGAGAAAGGGCCUAAUGCUGACGUCAGACUUGCUGGGUGGUGUUAACGGUUCCCAGGGCAGUUGUCUAAGAUGAAAGUAAGAACGAGCUCUUAAGUUGAAGGGGGACGAAUGUUGUCAUUAGCCUUGUCUAUGCCAUCCCAGUCAUUUGCUGUAUGAAAGGCAUAAAAUAUGUACUAAGGGGAAGUUCUUCAUUUUUUUAGUAUUUUUCAUUUGGAUCAAAAUAAGCUUCAGUGUUCAUAAAUGCCUGCUCAAAAUUGAUAUUUUCAUUUCAGGUUUUUUGUAUGUAAGUUGCCUUAAAUUUUACUCUCUUUUGGGGUGUACUCAUUUGUUAUGUUCAGUUAAUUUAGUUGAACUUGAUAAUAUUUCUUUUAGUGUUUGUACCCUUCAUCUGGAAAAGUAGUUAGAGGAAAGCUUUUCUGGGAUUUUGGAAACUGUUUAAACUUUGAAUCUUUUUCUUAGUGAUUCUAUGCCAAGUAGAGUAUAAAUUUAAUUUUUCUUGUGUGUUUUAAAUAUAACUCAUAAUCAAAGAUGAGAGAGAAAAGCAGAUAUAAAUCAGUGUGGAUGGUGUGUGGCGGUUGUGGGAACUAAGAAAAUACCAGUUACUUAAAGCACACUUUGCCUGAAUUUUACUUUGUUAUGUUUACCAUAAAUAUUAAAAAAAUAAUUCUCAUAA